ACGAACACGGAUGAUAGAAAUAAAUAUAACGACGAUAAAUUACGAGAAGCAACUAGAAAGCGAAUUCGUAGUUGCCAGAAUUUUCUAGAGGCGAUGGUUUGUUAAAGAUAUACUAUAUGAGGGCUGCCGGACUAUGCAGCAGACACAGUUCUAUUCACAGUGUUGCGGUGUUAAGAGUAAUUAAGAUAUAAGUAGGAAGUUGUAAUUUAGGAAAAUGAGUAGUAAAGCUUUAAGUUGUGUGGAUUCGAAAUAGAGAUUAUUGUAUAGCCAUUAAAUGUGGACUUUUAUUUAACAUUGCACCGAUCGAACUGAAGAGUGAGUUAUAGGUACACGAUUUAUCGAAAAAUCCGUUACAGUAAAUUAGGGAUGUAUAUGUAUUGUAACGGAUUUCUCCAAUACAAUACUCAAAAACAAAUCACCUUUGUAAAGAUAAGUCUGACCAUGUUAAAAAUAUUCAAAUGUGUUCCCAGUAUUGCGUAAACUAAUUAUAAAAUACUUUUUAGGAAAGAAAGAUACCUAACUUUUUUAUAAUAUAAAGAUAAUGGAACUUCAGCAAAUAAUAUAUUUAAAAAGUCUAUAUAUUUAAAAACUAAACUUAGAACUAUAUUAUCAAUAUUUUAGUGUUUUAUUUAAAGAGUUGUAAUAAAAUAUUGUACAUAUUUUUCUCGCUAGACGCUGAAAUACUAAGACAGCUACCAGGUAUGCCUACCGUAUUUUAUACUAUAAAGAUAUUGCAACUUCAAAAAAUAAUUUAUUUAAAAAUUUCAUAUAUUUAAAAACUAAACUUAGAACUAUAUAAUAAUAUGGUAAUUUUUUUGUAAAGAGUGUAAUUUAUUAAGCAUAUUUUAAUCGCUAAAAGCUGAAAUAUAAAACGUGAAUAAAAUUUGUAAAUAAAUAAAUGUAUACUUAAAUUAGAGGAAACAUCGGCUUGCUAAUUAUUUCUUGAUAUAUCUACAAAGAUUAACUUUUUUUAUUGUUUAAAUGAAUUAUUAUAACUUGUAUGACAAUGAUAAAUUUUGCUUUGUUGAUCAAAUGAACUAUUAUGACUUAAAAUAUCAAAUUCUGCCACAAUAGUUAUUUCUUCCCGUUCACUCAUAGUUAAAUUGAAUUUUCAGUUUGUCUAUUAAUAUAAAUUAAUGCUUAAAAAUAUGCCGAAUCUUCACUUAUUUCAACAUGGUAUAAUAGCAUAUGUUGUUAACAGCAUUAAACAUCAUCAUAACCAAAAUUUAAAAUAUUUAUAAAUAAUUAUUACGGCGUUUUUCGUCAUGCGCGACCUGUUUUAAUCCCUCGCCACCCUAACUCCCCAGAGGCGACCGUGUUGGUUUUAUUGUGAACGUAUGCCUGGGAAGUGUGAAAGUACUUUGAAUGGGCACUUUCGCUACUCCCUUAUUACAUGGUCUUAUCACUACUGGAUAUGCUCUUAAUGGGAGUUGAAUUAUAAUUAUUUAAAUUCUUGAAAUUUUAUAUAUUAAACAAAAUAGGACGAAAUAUCGGAGAAUUAAUUUUUCAUUAAUUGAAUUACUUGUUGAAGUUCCAAAAUAGUAUGCACAUGCAAACAUUAAUAAGUAUUUUUCUCACGUCACUGCCUGCCGCUCUCAACCAAGUAGUUAAAUAUCUCUUUGGAAAACUUUACUCACUGCUUCUUCGGCGUGUCUUGUCAUUCGGUUAUUUGGUUCGACCGUCAGUCAUUAAAGCAGUCAGUGUGAAUGCUAGCUGUUCUGCAAAGUUCGUCGCACGGUUGGUUUACUUUAGUUUAAGUAUGAACAUAUUUAUUCAAAAGGAAAUAAAGUUUAUUAAAAUGUAGUCAUGUCGGCAGUUGCUAAAUGAAUUGUUAGAGCACAUGAUUAAACGCUGAUUAAAUUGUGAACAAAAGGCAAACUAUUCAUUAGAAAGAUUGCAUAUAUAACUUCAAUAUGUUUACAUGAACUCAAAACUGUAUAUAACACUUUAAAUAUGAAUGCAUUGUAUACGCAAUAUAAGGAAAGCAGUUAAUGGAAUCAAAAUCAUAGUGUUUAUGGAAGCAAAAGAUAAUCUGUAAUCCUGCUUAAUGAGUUUUAUUGGCACUUUUUAUAAUAUAUCGUGUGGCGUGUAACCUUCAAGGUUUUUCGUUAUAUCGUUAUGUGUGCAAGUUUAUCUACUUAUUGUAUCCUACUAAUUUUCGUUGCUCACCGUUACUCCUUAGUAGUUAUUCGUUCGUUUUAUAUUUCUAAGCUGUUCAAAUCUGAAUCUGCCUGUAUUUGUUGUAUAUAGGACAUAAGUGUGUUUGCAAAUUUAUUUGUAAAAAAUAGCUGCACAUACAACUUGAAACAAAAUGUAUGUGGUUAUGAAAACUUAAUGUACAAAUACAAAAUAAAUAAUGUGUGGAGAGAUUAUUUAAAAUAUUGUAACAGCGAAAAGAAAUAGUUGGAAUAAAAUUACCAAUUAAUUAAUCCCGAUUGAAAUAUAUAUAUAUAGAUAGAUUUAUUGUAUGAUUGUACUAACUGAUGUGUGAUGCGUUACACAUUUCAGUCACUCAAAUUACGUUUAAUAUCUUUUAGUCGUGUUUUUUUUUUUUUAAUAUGUUUUGAUAAAAACGUUCUUUUUUUAAAUACAUAGCUAUCUACACAUCGGCAUGUGUACACGUUCUAAAUAAGUAUAAAGUGCUUGUGUGCGUGUGUAUAACUACUUUAUGCUAUCUUUUUAAGGUGGAAAGUGGUGGUGCGAGAGUGGCGCAAGUUUCAGUCAGAAAUUUUUGUUUUGAAUAUCUGACAAACAGUUAGCACUGGAUGAAAAAUAUAUAAGUUUUAUUUGUAUUAAUACCAGAGUUUUGAAUAGAAGAAAGUAUUAAAUUAUUACCCGUUUCAACUAAAAAACAUAAAUAAAGUGUUAAAGAUUGUUAAAACCAAUUUUCAAAAUUGAUUUAAAAAAUUUAAAAUACCAAAUUUAUCAACAACGUCACCUUUUGGGAAAUUGGCGGGAAUCAAUGAAUACUACCACCAUAAAACGACAAAUAACGCGAACUUCAUCUACUUCUUUAAAACCGGUGCACUAUAAAAGGAUUGAAUAAUCGUUAUACUAUAUAGAUUACAGUUAUGUAAGUACCUGUGGUACGAAAACGGGUCUAUUGAGCGCUGGUCGUUUAAAAAUUGUUAAAUAGAUUAACGAAAAGAAAUAAGUAGAAGUUCUAGAAUUAAUAUCCAUUUAUAUGUAUGUAUAUAUAAUAUUUAUAUAAGAAAAAACAGCUUUCUUUAAAGUCAGAGGAAAGGACACCAAAAAUCAAAGAUAUAUAUGUGCAUAUAUAUGCACACAAACAUCGUCAGAAGCAACAUUUAAAACAUUUUUUACAACAAUAACAUGUCUGACCUUGGCAGUGGCGACGAAGGCAUUUCUGGCUCAAAGCGGAAAUACUUAAACAAUGUGCAACUUUUGGGACUUUGCGCAAAGAAUGGCGUUCUUGGUAUUUCACAAUUUCUCGAAACCCCUAUGAGAAUGUGUUUUGUCUCUUUUUGACGUAUACAUAAUUUGCUUUUGGAAAAACCGUAAACAUUGACAGUAAUUUUAUUGUCAUCAUUUGAUUGUCAGUGGUGAAACUACUCAAGAAUUCAGCUAUUUCAUUCUUACUUAUGUAAAGCUAUAGUAAGCAACAAAGGUCGGUAGUAUUGUGGACUUUAUGCCAAAUACAUCGAUCAAUGUGUGAGUAAUCAUAAUCAGGGGUGAUGUAGAAUCUGAUAGCUGCCGGAAUCAGAAUUAAAACCAACAAAAAAAUGUGUAGGGUGUCAUGAAUUCAGAUAUUAUUGGUUUGACGUUUGAAACAGAAAUUGUAUCGGUUUUGGGUGUCACGGAAACCAAUUUUAUCGGUUAUGUUAUCAGAAGCAAAGCAAGAGGACAGUUUUGAAAUAAUACAAUGCAAGCGGCAUGGAAGGCACAAGUGGAAGAAGUGACUUCGAUUCUGCAGGCAAAGCUCAAGCCAGUGCACAGCAAGGCGAACAAGAAUUGGCUACAAAAAUGCUACAAAUACAAUCGAAACGAUUUUACUUGGAUGUGAAACAAAAUCGACGUGGGCGAUUCAUCAAAGUCGCAGAGAUUGGUGCAGAUGGCAGACGUAGUCAAGUUUAUUUGGCUCUAUCGACUGCCGCUGAAUUUCGUGAUCAUCUUUCAACAUUUAGCGAUUAUUAUGCUUCUUUGGCAGUCAAAUUCGCAGGGCCACCAAAUCCAGAUAAUCUCCCUGAGGAUGGAAAAUUGAAAUCGGAGAUGAUGAUCAAAGAUAAUAGACGAUAUUAUUUGGAUUUAAAAGAAAAUGCGCGCGGCCGAUUUUUACGAGUAUCGCAAACUAUAACAAGAGGUGGUCCGAGGUCACAAAUAGCUAUACCAGCUCAAGGAAUGAUCGAGUUUCGCGAUGCGCUCACAGAUUUACUUGAAGAGUUUGGUACCAAUGACGGCGGAUUUAAAGGUGAUCUGCCAGAAGAACGCCACAUGAAGGUGGACAAUAAAAAUUUUUACUUUGAUAUUGGACAAAAUAAUCGUGGGGUUUAUAUGCGCAUUAGUGAGGUGAAAAGUAAUUUUCGCACUGCUAUAACUGUGCCAGAAAAAUGCUGGCUGCGCUUUCGUGACAUUUUUAACGACUAUUGCGACAAAAUGAAGAAAUCGUCCGACACAUCGUCUAUCACUGCCGAUAAUAAUAUUCAAACCCCUGCUAACAGUCUAAAAUAAAAUUUACGGAAUGUAAUUAAAAUACACUUUCGGAGGUUAUACAUUAGAAAAUAAAAAUAAAUAAUUAUAAUAACAAAUAACGCUAAUUCAACAAAAACGAGAACCAACAACAGAAAAUGUUGAAAGCUAUAUUUUAUUAAAAUACAUACUUAAUAAAAUAAAUCUUAUUUCAUGUUGUAAUUAAAGAAAAACUGAAGAAGAGAAAACUAGUUACUACUAUAAAUGUUAGAUCAAUUGAUAAUAUAAAUGAAGGAUGUUGUUACGUAGAUGCUUCUCAACAUCUGAUGAAUUAAGAUUAAUGUUCAGUUACUGCUGUUAAUUAGUUAGUCAGCGAUUCUUCAUAUUAUUAUUUAAGGUAUUUUAAAAUUUGGUUUUUACUUUCGAAAGAAAUUUAUUUGCUAUAUGUAAUUUUUUUUGACAUUUGCAUGUGGGGACAUAUAUAUAAGAUAGGAAAACUGCAUGUAGUUCCAAAUAGUACCUAAAGUCUACUGCGCGCAGCAGAUAUACGAUCUAGUUUUCCUCAUAAUCAUUAAUUGAUUUUCAUAUUACAUACAAAUCUUAAAAAGAAUAAUGUACUAGAUUAAAAAAUGUUAUACUAUUAUAAUAUACUUAAAACAAGCGGAAGCUCAGAUACAAAUCCUUAAAAUUUAGAAAAACUAUUUUUGGUAACAAUAAAGUGAAAACUGAAAAGUUUAUUGGUAAUAAGAAAAUAUGUUGAAAAAGAGGCGUAAGAGAACAUAUAUUAAAAAUAUAGUGAUAAUAUUGUAUCAAAAAAAUAUUAUUUAGAUUUUAUGUUAUCUCUAGCUUUUUGAAAACUUAAUUGUUGAAAUGUAACGCAAAACAAAACAACAAAACGAAAUUAAAUUCUAAAUGUGUAAAAAAAUAUGUUUUAAAUUGUUUUAAGUAACAUUGUUGAUUUCAACUUAAGAAUUGAGAGAAAAAAUGUGUUAAUAAAACCAGAAAAUCUGUGAAUGCUGCACCAUUAAUAAUAUUGUAUUAUAUGCAAACAUAAAAUAGAUAAAGAUGUUAAAUAACUAAUUUACUAAACAGUUAGUGGAAAUAAUUUAAUGCUAAAAUAAUAAUAAAAUGAAAUUUAAUGUGUAACAAGUAAAUGUUAAGAUCAAUAAUAAAUGUCAAAAAGAGGUAUUUCAGACCAAAAAAUAAAAAAUAAAGUAAAUUGAAGAUUUUGUUAAACCGUGAAAUAAAAUCAUUUCCGUGCUAUUUCCAAUAAAAAUAUUAAAUUGCACUGUUUAAACCAACAAAUACGGGCAUGUUGCCAAUAGCAUAUAUCAGAGUAUACCGCAAAAUGUUCGUAAUGCCUUUAAAACUUGUGUAGAGUAAAUAUAUCACCACUUUUAUUUACCCAACCUAGAACAACUAAGUUCAUUUAAUUCAACUCGCUAUAUUAUAAAUUUAUUGUUAAUACCAGCGUUGCAAAUAAUGCACUAAAAACUAAUUGAACUAAUAUUUGAGUUACACAUUUUUUUAGGAUUAAAAAAAUUUAAUCCUAAAUACGGGAUUAAAACAUUAUAAAUAAAAAAUACCAGAUUAAAAAUAAAAUAAGCAUAUAAUUAAGAAUUAAAACAAGAAAUAGUUUUAGAAUUUAAAAUUGUUCGCGGUUGCGUACUUUGUGUUCUACUAUUUUGAACUAGAACUGGCACAGAGCCGUCUUAUUAAAUGCUCUAAACUGACACUUUAAAAAGA